AUGAUAGUCCAUAAGAUAAAGUGUAUAAUCCAAUCUAAAUUGAAUCAGAUACUGGCAGGAGCACAGCCAGUGGUCUACAAUGGUACGGAAUAUCCAUUCUACUUCGUAGACGAGCUGUUUACGACCUACAGUGCCAUGGGAGAGAGGUGCUUCCUACAGGACUUUCUUGAGGCAUUAGAACAGUGUGAGGAUUUGCUGCUUUUGAAGUCAAAGAAUACGAGACACUCAAUUGUGGGAGAAAAGAAGAAAGUGGACAAGAGACAGGCUCUACAGGUGUUGGAGGCCAUUGAAAACAGGGAUGUCGGACUGGAAAGGAAGAUUGUGAAAGAAAUAAAGCAGAAUGUGAGUAUACAGGAGCAUAAAACGAACAAAAUAGAGAGACAAACAAAAAGGUUGGUAUUUGACUACAGCGAUGAUGACUCGUUAAGCAGUGAGUUCUACGAGGUAAAGACAGGCCCAAAGAGUCUGGCUGAGAGACUCUCUGCCGCUGGAAGCACGAGUCAUCAGGCUAAAUUUGCAGAAUUAAGAGAAAGAAUGAUUUCUGCUUUUGGAGAGCAUCCAGUUCUUCCAAUCAGCUCCCUGAAUAUGGCAUUGUGCAAGAAGCAUGGAAUUGGCUUCGAUUGGAAGACGUAUCCUUGUGAAAUAUACAGGCACAAACAUGGCACCCUGAAGAAGUUUCUAUUUUGCUGCAAAUUCCUGAAAGUCGUCACAUUCAGAACAACCUACCUGAUUUUGAUCACGCCUGAAAUGACUCAACUCUGCCAAAAGAGGAUUCUGACGUAUGCAGUGCCACCAUCGCAUCCAAAAUUCAGAUUCUACGCCGAAUUGCUUCUUACGAGCAUCUUUGCUAUUCGAGUUACAGUUCCCUACGAAGACUUCUACGAUAUUUUUAAGGCAGUUUAUUUCAGGGAAUUAGAAGGAUUCCUGGGAAUGAAAUUGAAGAAAUUCAUAGCAAUGUAUAAGUCACCAAAUAUCCAGCUGCUACAGGCUAGAGACAGUCAAAGUGUCACAGUGGUGCCAUUUGGAGAUGAAUCAUACACAAACUACACCAAUGUGAAUGUGUACGAUGAAAUUGUGAAAAUGGAGAGGAAUAUUGAGAAGGUUCAUGUGCAUAAAAAUGAGACAGAUGUAAGCGUAUUAGACGUAUUGGGGAUGAAAAAGAAACCUGUUGGGGAAUCGAACCAAGGUGGGUGGAAGGAUUCGCUUUCAGAUAAAAUGAAGCAGCUGGUUUGUAUAGCAGACAUGAAUAUUCCAAAGAGGAUUCAGGUUCAAAGCAACUUGAAAGUGGAUAAGGAGCGAGAAUACGAUGAUUUGUGGAAAUAUUUGGUUGUAGGAGUUAAUACUGAUAAUAAAAGGGCAUAUUUAUGA